UGUAAUGUUUGCCAAAUUGGAGUGGCGCGUGCUUAAUCCAGGACUGUGGUUUCCUUGCUGUGCUGAUCAUGUAUGGCCUCGUUGUGGUAUUUCUGUUUUUCUGCAAUUUUUCCUCUGCUGCUUUCCAUGACGUUUGAGGAUUGUAAUCCUUGUUGACCUUGGUUGUAAUCCUCUGCUGCUUUCCUUGACGUUUGGGCUUGGUUGCAAUUGUUCCCAUACCGAUCUCUGAGCUGAGAAGUUGGUACUUUGAAUAAACCCUUUUUUGCAUUGUGAAGUUGCUAUACGUGAGAUCCACAAUCUGGGUUUUCAAGCUCUGUCUAAAGGCACGUGGGUCGAACCGAUUCCGUCCGAACUGACCGACCCGGUAUAUGUACCCGACACUUGCUCAUCAGAAACCCCUCUUCUUCUUCUACAGAAGUUCGUGAGUAACAGACUCAGAGAAUCUGAAGCUGACGACCCCUCGACAAUUAACCGCGAAAUGUUUGGAAUUUCUUAUGGCGAGCUCUUCCUCUUGAUCGGAGCAACCGCCGCCCUUAUCGGACCCAAGGACCUUCCGUUCGUAGCUAGAACCGCGGGCCAGUUGGCUGGUCGAGCCAUCGGGUACGUUCAAUUAGCCCGGGGGCAGUUCGAUUCCGUCAUGCAGCAGACUCAAGCCCGUCAGGUGCACAAGGAGCUACAGGACACGAUAGCCCAGUUGGAAGCCAUACGCCAUGAAAUCAGAAGCAUAUCUUUCAUGAAUCCUGGCCCGUUAACUCGAAGGCUGGUGGAUGAUCCGAAUAACACCUCUGCUGGCAGCGGUGACAAAUUGCCUGAAGCACCUACCGAAGGAGAUACACAGAUGACUAACUUCACGAAGGAUUGCGGUAGCACUGGAUCCGACCUAACUAAUAUGCAUAGCCAGGCAAUCACAUAUGCAAAGUUAGCUGAAUCACCGGCCAUUAGGUCUGGUUCACCACAAAGCAGUACUGAGGCAGACAGACUUGAUGAUGAAUCUGGCUCUCCUACCAUCUUACCCGUGUCAGCUGAAACUGCCGGUUUAUUGCCAAAUCGGAAAGACGAUGUAAAAGGAUCUGACAUUGUGUUAGAGGCUAUGUUGGAGGCAGAGGUGGCUCGCAAUGCCAAAGAAUUUUUCUCUCAACCCCAGAAUCAAAUAAAAUAUGAGUGAGAAGGUAUUUAUUCAGUACCCAAAAUUUUGACAUCCUUUGACAUGCUGAGCCCAAGCAAGGUCUAGCAUCAUGCUGUGGACAAAGUAGAAGGAUAGUUUUCGUGGCCUGUGGGCGAAGAAUUCAUAUAUUCAGGGAGCAUCGUCGUCUCCCUCUCUCUCUCAGAAAUGUGGUUCUCACAUGGGGUGGAGUGUGGAACACUUGAGAGUGCCCUUUACACCUCUUGGUUGCCUACCUGUCCAUGUCUGGAGGUUCUCAAGGCUAAACAUUCUGCAAGAGCAACGAUAUGGACCAAAGAAUGAAGAAUUCAAUUCCACCAUGUUUUUGUGAUAUCGCAGCUCGGGGGAAAGAAAGGAAUCUACGAAGGACAUGAAUCAUUUGUUUCUUUCCUCCAUGUGUAUAUACUACUUUCUAAAGCUUUUACCCCAUUCUUCAUUUACGGCAGUUCUCAUUUCAUUUCUCUCCUA